AUGGUAGGCCUCAACGCAGUCCUCUUGAUCACAGGGGCCUGGCACGUCCCGGAACACUACUACGAACUCAUUCAGGAGCUGGAGAGCCAUGGUACAAGAGUCAUCUGCGAGCGCCUUCCAACAAACAAUAACGCCGUGCCGCCAAACAAAACAAUUGAAGAUGAUAUCGACUUCAUCAGAGACGUCGUCUCUAGAGAGGUUGUUGUAGGCACGCAUCUCACUGUCGUUAGUCAUUCAUGGGGAGGCAUGCUUGCUUCUGCAGCUCUGGCGAGCUUUGCUGUUUCGCCAGAGUCAAGCGAAGGGGGUGUUACUGACAUGAUCUUCAUCGCCGCCUUUAUUCCUUUGGAAAAUGAUUCACUGGCUGGCCUCUUCGGUGGAAAGCUACCGCCCGUGCUUGUCCCUCAAUCUGACGGGACUCUCAUGCCGACUGAUCCCAUCCAUCUUUUCUACCACGACCUGCCGGAGGAGAAGGCUCAAUGGGCGAAUGAGACCAUGGUCGCUCAUGGGACGGAUGCACAAUACGCUCCUAUCAAUUGUGAGAAAGUGGCAUGGCGUUUAAUCCCGCUGACAUACAUCAUCUGCGAGGAAGAUCAAGGAUUGUUGAGUUUCUUACAAGAGGGUAUGAUUCAAAAGGUGGAGGAACAAGGAGUUGCGGUACAGAAGUAUCGUUUGCCUUCCUCUCAUAGCCCUUUCUUGAGCAUGCCCGACAAGCUUGCUGAGACUGUAUUGGAAGUCAUGAAUUCACGAUAA